GCGAAGCGCGCAGGGGCAACAGUGGGAGGCCAUGGCUGGGUAGUCUGACGUGGAAAGUGUCAGGACUGACUAACAAACUUCGGGGCCCACUUUAUAUCUCCUCUGCUGGCUGUUGCGGGCUUCACGGGUCACGGCAGAAUGAGUCUGGACAAAGCCGAGCUGUGCGACUCGCUUUUAACCUGGUUGCAGACUUUUCAGGUUCCGUCGUGCAACAGCAAACAGGACCUCACAAGUGGAGUGGCCAUAGCACAUGUGCUGCACAGAAUAGACCCCUUUUGGUUUAAUGAAACAUGGCUGGGCAGGAUCAAGGAGGAGAGCGAGGCCAACUGGCGCCUCAAGGUCAGCAACUUGAAAAAGAUUCUGAAGAGUGUGAUGGAGUAUUACCACGAUGUACUCAGUCACCAGGUGGCUGACGAGCACUUGCCCGAUGUGAACCUUAUUGGAGAGAUGGGAGACGUCACUGAAUUGGGGAAGCUGGUACAGCUCGUUUUGGGCUGUGCUGUCAGUUGUGAGAAGAGACAAGAGCAAAUCCAGCAGAUUAUGACUCUAGAAGAAUCGGUCCAGCACGUUGUUAUGACAGCCAUUCAGGAGCUCCUAGCAAAGGAACCUUUAUCUGAACCAGGAAGCCCAGAGACCUAUGGAGACUUUGACUACCAGUCCAGGAAGUAUUAUUUUCUCAGUGAGGAGGCAGAUGAGAAGGCGGACCUGAGCCAACGCUGUCGAGACCUCGAGCAUCAGUUGUCGCUGGGUCUGGAGGAGAAGUCAUCCCUACAGUCGGAGGUCCGCUCCCUGAAAGAGAAGCUGAGCCGCUGCGACUCUCUGGACACCUCCACCAUCACCGGCAAGAAGCUGCUGCUGCUGCAGACUCAGAUGGAGCAGCUACAGGAGGAGAAUUACAGACUGGAGAACAGCAGAGAUGACAUGCGGGUGCGGGCAGAGAUGCUGGAGCGCGAAGUGAGCGACCUGCAGCAGCGCAACGAGGAGCUGACCAGCCUGGCACAUGAGGCCCAGGCCCUCAAAGAUGAGAUGGACAUCCUCAGGCACUCGUCCGACCGGGUGAACCAGCUGGAAGGUCUGGUGGAGACCUACAAGAGGAAGCUGGAGGACCUGGGGGACCUGCGCCGGCAGGUGCGCCUCCUGGAGGAGCGCAACACCGUCUACAUGCAGCGCACCUGCGAGCUGGAGGAGGAGCUGCGGAGGGCCAACGCCGUCCGCGGCCAGCUGGACACCUACAAGAGACAGGCAAGCUGCGGGGGGCGGGGCCUCACCUGUUCUGGCCGCACAGAGCUGAAUGGAGCCUGCUGUGCUCACGAGCUGCACUCCAAACACUCAGCAGAGGCCAUGAAAGCCGAGAAGUGGCAGUUCGAGUUCAGGAACCUCGUCGACAAGUACGACGCACUGCUGAAGGAGAAAGAACGACUGAUCUCAGAGAGGGACACUCUGCGGGAGACCAACGACGAGCUCCGGUGUGCACAGGUCCAACAGAGGUGUCUGAGCGAAGCAGGAGAUGGCGGCGUCACAGUGGGGAAUCUGGCUGCAGAGAUUAUGCCCACCGAGCUCAAGGAGACGGUGGUGCGCCUGCAGAGCGAAAACAAGAUGCUGUGUGUUCAGGAGGAAAGCUACCGACAGAAGCUGGUGGAAGCUCAGGCCGAGCUGGAAGAGGCUCAGCGCAGCAAGAAUGCCCUGGAAACUCAGAGCAGGUUGAGCCAGCAGCAGAUCGCAGAGCUGCGGUCUCAGGUUGAAGAGCUCCAGAAAGCCCUCCAGGCGCAGGACAGCAGGAACGAGGACUCCUCCUUAUUGAAGAAAAAGCUUGAGGAACAUUUGGAGAAGCUCCAUGAAGCUCACUCAGACCUCCAGAAGAAGAGAGAGGUUAUCGAUGACCUGGAGCCCAAAGUGGACAGCAACAUGGCCCGGAAGAUCGACGAGCUCCAAGAGAUCCUUCGAAAGAAGGACGAGGACAUGAAGCAGAUGGAGGAGCGAUACAAACGCUAUGUGGACAAAGCCAGAACGGUAAUCAAAACUCUGGAUCCCAAGCAGCCGCUGACGGUGAGUCCUGACGUUCAGGCCCUGAAGAACCAGCUGACAGAGAAGGAGAAAAAGAUCCAGCACCUGGAGCAUGACUACGAGAAGAGCCGGGCCCGACACGACCAGGAGGAGAAGCUCAUCAUCACUGCCUGGUACAACAUGGGCAUGGCGCUCCACCAGAACGUGUCCGGCGAGCGGCUGACCCCCUCCAACCAGCCCAUGUCCUUCCUGGCUCAGCAGAGGCAGUCCACCAACGCCAAGAGAGGCCUGAUGCGACACUACCCCAGAUGAGAGCCGCAGGCGGUGCCCCCCCCCCCCCUCUUUGCCUUAAAGCCCUCACUGGACUGCUGCACCUCAGCAAUUGUUCUUGGUUUGUUUUUGAUUUUUAAAAAUCCUUUCCCUCGUGCUGCUGCUGCCCCCUGCUGGCUCCCAGCUGCACAGAGGAUCAGUUUUCUCUGCGGAGCCUCAGAGGACGCCGGUACUACUGAGCUGGAACGCACAUGAGCGGAGCUGACGCUCACCUUUUAAGGUGACUUUUAUGUCUUUGUUUGCCUCGUGGACUUUUACUCAGUCUUUUACGUUUCGGAUCCGUUUCAUGUUACACAGUGCGAUGGAAGCCGUUUACAGGCGCUUUCUGCUUGAACGUCGCCAAAAAGAAGAGGUUGUAGCGGUUCCAAACACAGCAGAAGAAAACAUAAAGCUACACAGCCUGUUCUUUUGUUAGCAUAUAGGGUAGAUAUUCAGGCUUCAAUUCGCACUACACUUUUUUUUUUCUAUAUUCUUUAGGCUUCUGUUGACUCUGAAUAAUUUGAAUGCAUAUUAAGAUCAUGGGGGCGUUGAUUGGAGUAUGUUGUGACAUCUUUUGUUUUCACUCUAAAUUAAAUAUUCUUAAUAGAAUUCUUCAAAAUGUUCACAAUAUGUACACCAAAGCACUUUCUCAGUAACAGGGUGGGUUUGUUUAGUGAUCCACAAAAGACAGACAUGAACUUUUUUGGAUUAGACAGACCUAAGAUAUUUGGUGUCUUAACCUGCCCUUUCUUUUUCCCUCAUUUUCUCCUCGUUUAAACCAAACAAUAGAUUUUGACCUAGAAGCUGAGAAUUUAGAUUCAUGAUCAUGUGACUGGUGUUUUUUUGUAUUAUUUUUUUUGUUUUCCCCCAAGCUUUAGUCUCUUUGCCCUAGUAUGUGAGUUAUUUUUUUUCCCAUCCCUUCUUUCAAAGACUGGAACAAUUUAUUUAGUCGUGAGCUGGACCCAAAUGCACUCACCACUUUAUCCUUUUGAAUAUGGAUUUAGAAAUGGACGAUAAAAUGUUCAGCAGCCUUUCACGAUGAGACUAAAAACAAUGAGUCAUCUGAUGGCUGUUUACUGCUGCUAGGCGUCAUUUACAGUUAAACUGAACAGGAAGGAAACUCGUACGUCAGUGCAAUUGGAAUUCUCUCGUCCUUUGUAUGCAGAAAGUGAGUGGCAGAUAAAAAGGUCGAGCCACAAAUGCAUAACAAAAGUUCAAACACUACAUCUGCCUUCCUGCACUACCUCCAGUUUUCUUUUUUUAAACUAGUCUUUUUUUGCCUUCCCAUAUCAAGGCUGCAGAUACGUGACUUGUACAUCCCUGUAAAUGUUUUUGAGUGUGUGUCUGUUUGUUAUGAUCUACACUGACCAGAAUCAUGUUAUUGUGCGCACAAAUUUUUGUGUUUACUUCUCAUGAUCAGAAUCAGCAUUAAUGGUGUGGAAUCCCAGCUCUAGUAUGUUUGCAUGGUGUGAAGCUUUGUGGGUUCUUUUCUUCUCUGUUUUGUGUGGUCGUGUAGAUCAUAGCAUGCUGCUUUUGACACGGGAAUCUGAGACAAGUUAAAGAUUUGUAGUCCUGUCUGCUCCACUUUUGCACAACAAAUAAAUGGGAUCGUAAGACAAACAUGGCAUCUGGUG